AUGACUUCACGCGACAAUCAUCUGUAUAGUAAUGGUCCCGAAGUACAAGGCGCAUUCGGCGUCGACACGCUCCCUCUCACCACAGUUGCCCAUAUCAUCUCCUACCUGGAAGACGAUGUCGCUUCCCUUGCGCGACUAUGUCGCACCUCACGCGUCCUUUGGUACAUGACACUACCGCAUCUAUGGAGGAACGUCACUCUGAAAUCAUACCGCACUAUCCGCUAUAAGGACGAGGUACCCGAAGGAUUUGGGAGUGCAAGUCCUUUCUCUAUGGGACUCAAUGCCUUGGUAACGAGAAAUGUGUCGAGUUUGGUUCGCUCACUGAGCUUGGAGGGGGAAUACAGUGCCUCCGAUCUUUACGAAUAUUCAAGAGCUGGUCGUGUUUCUGAGAGUAUUAUGAUGCUGAACAUCGCCCUGCGGGCUGCCAUUGACAAAUGUACCCAUCUCGAACGGUUCCGAUGGGAUUUGGACGUCAGGAUACAACCAAACAUGUAUGGUGGGCUGGCGAAGCUCUCUCGACUCGAAGAACUUUGGGUCCGUUUCCCUACGAAUCGCUCUCCCCAACCGUCAUACGACAUCCCACCUUUGCCAAAUCUCAAGUCCUUGACAAUAACACACUACGAUCCUCUAUGUUUUCCCGACGACAUUUCCACCCUGCUCCUCCACGCAACACGUCUCUCGAGCCUAAUCAUGCACUUCUCCCCUCGUAUGCGUGAGCAAGGGGAACCGUCUGUUGUGCUUACGCAUUUCUUUCGGAAAAAUGCUGCCGCAAAACGAAAACUUCGUUUGCGUAAGAUGGGCCUGUAUAACCUUCUCGCCAACGCGGACACGGUAGAGUGCCUCGCUGCAUUCGAUACGAGCACCGUUGAGGAUGUGACAGUGCUGAAUACAUUCGGGGCGGAUGAGGAUGCUCUUAUAGCGGGGAGGGAAAGCACAACUCAUUUCAUGGAUCGCACAUGGCAUGUGAUGGUGAACAGCAAGGAACAUCAGCCGAGACCCAAAUCUCUGAGGCUAGAUCAAUUGCAUAAGAGACAUGCGAUGGAUUUGGCCCAGUUUGUUGGAUUGGAGAGGUUAUACCUCGUCAAUGCAAGGUAUAGACCAAGCAAAUCAAACGACACCAUGGCAAAAUUUAACGGUCAAGGCCGCAGCAACGGUGUCGGCGCUUUGGAUUCUGCAUCUCCUUCUUCCGAGCACUCCCCUUGGUCUGGAUCAAUUGUCAACGGAAACGCCUCUUCUAGGAAUACACCCGGCACGUCCGCCUCUUAUCCAGCCACAACCUCCUUGAGGGAUUUGUACAUCACCAAUAUCUGCACCAUAUGUGGUCCUACCCUUCAACACCUGAUUUUACCUUCCCGUUGGCCUCUCCCGACCUCAAUAACCGCCCGUCUCAUCCGCUCGUGCCCUAAUCUCACUCAGCUCGCCGCCGCCAUCGAAUGUGCCGAGGACUCCCAGAUCGAGAUGUUGCGCUUAUUAGUGCCAUUUCUGAGUGAACUGUGGGCCAUCCGUGUGCUUACGCCUUCGUAUUCACCGGACUGCGCACUAGGUGGAGAGGAUGGCAGGAAAAUUAGAGAAGCGCACGACAAGUUUGUGUGUCUCCCAGAUUCUAUGCUCGAGCAGAAGAUAAGCGAGACUUUAACCGAGCAUAGUAGGUUGGGUGGACUCGAGCAACCGGAUUUUCAAAAAUUGAGGUACAUCGGGCUAGAGAACAAAGUUUGGGAAAUUGGUGGAGUGGUAGAGGACACUGUUCGACGAGAAGUCGAUCCGGGAGAGGAUGCGCGAGAAGUCGACGGGCCCAAGGAAGAAACUGUGUAUCGGCGGCGGGUGAGGAGAAUCGAGGAGAAAGAUGUGCAACAUGUUGAGAUAUGGAAGAUGGAUUCGCUGGACAUUGUUUGA